AAAAAAAACAGAAAAAAAACCUCAAAACACCCAAAGCACUCAAAAUACCCAAAAAGACAACACUAAAAAAAUGCCUUCUUUCUAAUGAGUUGUUAUCAAAGCAUCUUUAGACCUUUUAGUUUCUGCUUCUUAAUCUGUUGUCGCUGUUAGUUAUCUGCUGGUGAAUAUUCGAUCAAUUGAGAGUCAGUAAACUUAUUAUGUCCCAACAAACUUAUAAUUCCACCCCACCACCACCAAAAAGAAGAUCAGCAAAAGAUUAUCAAUUUGGUGCUACCAUUGGAGAAGGAUCAUAUUCGACGGUGUAUCUGGCAUUGGAUAUCCAUAAUAAUAAGACGUUUGCUAUCAAGGUGUUGUCGAAAAGACAUAUAGUUAAAGAGGAUAAGAUUAAAUAUGUUAAUAUUGAAAAAACUACCUUACAUAGAUUAGGACAACAGCAUCCAGGGAUUGUUCAAUUAUAUUAUACAUUCCAGGAUGAGGCAUCCUUGUUUUUUGUCCUUGAUUUUGCAGAAUAUGGAGAGUUGUUGUCGAUUAUAAGAAAGUUUGGUUCUCUCAAUGAAAUUGUCUCGAAAUUUUAUAUGUUACAAAUCGUUGAUGCGGUUAAAUUUAUCCAUCUGAAAGGUAUAAUACAUCGAGAUUUGAAACCAGAGAAUAUUCUUGUUGGGCAUGAUUUCCAAUUGAAAAUAACUGAUUUUGGGGCUGCUAAAUUAUUAGGAUCAAAUCAGGAUUUUAUUGAUAAUGAAAAAAUUGAUUAUAAUGGGAUAACUAAUGAAAUUUCUCUGGACUUAGAUAGGAAAGGUUCUUUUGUUGGUACUGCCGAGUACGUUGCCCCCGAAUUAUUGAAAUUUAAUACUUGUGCUUUUGAAUCAGAUAUCUGGGCUCUAGGUUGUAUAUUAUAUCAAUUUUUCUAUGGAGUUCCUCCUUUUAAAGGUUCAACGGAAUAUUUAACUUUUGAAAAAAUCAUUAACGUUGAUUAUUCUUAUAAACAAAAUCAUCCAAUGCCAAAAGAUGUAAUGAAUUUAAUUGAUUCUCUUUUAAUCGCUGAACCUUCUAA